AUGCCCGCCAAAUCAAAGCAGCCAUCGAGAAAGGGCAAGGAGGUUCCCGCCCGCUGCGAACCCUAUGAUCGGCGGUACGACGCAUCCCCAACUGGGACGGCGAGUAGUUGCUACACCUCUUCGUCGACGACCGCCGCGACGGGUCCCAGUCCCCCGACGGAAUACGAUGAACCCACCGGCACGGCAGCAACAAAAACAACAACAGCAACGGCCACGACGACGGCGGUGCCGGCGGAGGUGAAGAAAUGCAAGUCAAUACGAAGUGAAGGUGAGGUGACGCUGCAGGGUCCCCUCCGAAUCGCGGGUUCCGUGGCGGCCGGCGGGAACGCGACGUUCAAUGGCGAUUUCGAUGUGAGGGACAGGGUCGAGGCGUACGGGGCCAUCGAGGUCAACGGCAACCUGGUGUGCGAGUGGGUGCCUCUUCUCUUCUCAUUUCCGCUUGUUGGGCACAUGGCUGUCGGUGAAAAGAUCAAGGGCUUCGGCAAGCUGAGCAUCGCGGGGACGUGCGAGGUAGAGGAGCUUGAAAUUUAUGGCAACACGCUUAUUCAAGGGUUUUUGAAAUGCAAGAAGAUGACCCUGUACGGGUCGUUGACGAUCGCAGGCCCCAGCUCAGGGUAUCACGUUGAGGAAGAGGAGAAGAUCUGGGGCGCCAUCAUCAGGCGUGAAGAGGGCGUGGGCUGGUGA